GUUGAGUAAACCUACCUACCUACCUACGAGCGCUGCGUACUUUGAAAUAGGUCCAAGAACGCGCGUCGUUUCGUCUUUUCCUUCAAAGGAUGGCCCUGAAGUUGGAACGCGCAUCAACACGCUAAAAACCGGCGAAGAGCUACAGUCCUCGGCCAGUGCCAGUGCUUACGACUUGGUUUCGGUGCCUCUCUCCGAUACGACCAGAUGCUUUUGCCCACAGUGACGAUGUCUCCAAGAAUCUUCGUCGCAGCUUGCGUGUUCUUCCUGUUCGGAUCACCACCAUCAAGCAACACAUUCGUGAGGGCGGUGAGCCUGCCAUGGUGGUUCAUAAACCGAAGCCCUCGGGAAUUUGUGUUGCGAUGGCUUCCACGAGAUCGCGCGUCAGACGCAGUGGACGGUGUGGAGGUCGGGCGCGUCCCACCUGCGAUUUCUGGUCAUCAAGCGGUUUUCUACUCCAUGAAUACGUACGAGAACGACGCCUUCCGGCUCGUGUGGGCGGAAAAUGGAGCGGUCACCUCCGACGUUUUUGUCCGAGAUGCUGGUAAGUUCGGGGUGCUUGUCAUUGCGCCCGACCUGGACGAGCAGCAAAAGGUCGUGACCGAGGUCUUCCGUUUCUCCGCACUGAAGCGGGAUAUUCUCAGCCGCGGGGCACUAACAUCCUCGUCGUCGGCCACGUCCGCAAAGUGCAGCGCAGAUGCUCAGAACGAGGAUCAUGGAGCGACUGCUGGGGCAAGUUCUUCUUCUUGCCUCAGCGAGCAACAAAUCGCGCAACUGGAAAGCGAGAUUCCCGGACAGCAGUGGGGGGAGCUGGUUGCUGCGGUUUCGGAGGGACUCCCGGUUUUGAUGAAGUCUUCUAGCGAUUUUGCCAAGAUGAAACCCGCUGAGGGCAGCCACGCGCCAGACGAGAUGGUGGUGUUCAACUUGGCUAGCCAGCCCGCGGAGCUGGUGGCGGAGGUGGGAUCGGUCCGCUUCGCUAUCCCGCCAGCGCCGACAGCAGCUGCACCCGCAUCCGAAGGACUACCACAGCAAGCGCCACUGAGUAUGGUUCGCGUAAAGGCCGACGCGAACACGGCUUUUGUCUUGUCCACAGGAAUCGAAAAAUCCUCUUCAAAUGACGACUCCUCGUCCGGUUGGUUUGGCGGCGUGGCUGCACCUUCUCCUUUGCUGGAGCACAAGUUUUCCUAUCCGGGGGAGCUUUUUCUCCUCGUCAUUGCGCCCGAUGGAAAGAGUGUGGGAACUUUCAUGGAGGACGAAAUGAAAGUGUUCUUCGCCAACACGGGCGUUGCAAACGAGUGCGCCCCGGAAGGCACGAGCUCUAGCAGCGACGAGGACGACCUGGCGAACUUUCACAAAUGCUUGGGGGACAACAUGUACUUGCCGAUGAAAGUACAAGCGGUACCUCAGGACGUCGAGGCCGAUGUGGCCAAUAAAACCGUCGGUAGUAGUACUAGUGCAAAAGAAGGCAGCAGGGUACCGACCACUCUCGAUGACACCGAAACUACCGAUCUCGUUCCCGACACGCGGUUUCGAAUGCCGCCCGGGUUCGUGCGAACCUGGUUCCCCCAGCUGUGGGAAUCGGUGUCGCAUUUCCGUCUUUGCAAUGUGCAGCCGGACACCACCCCGCUUCGCGAAGCGGACCCCUUGACGCUGCCGGACGGACGCACGGCGCGGGUGCACGUGUUGCGGGAAAACCCGUCCGUGUUUGUCGUCGAGGAUGUGGGCAUAUGCAUGGAAAAUAUGUACGUCUCGGUCUGGAUCUGUGAAGAUGCGUUGUGUGGAUACGUCGGCAAGGAUCUGUGAACUGCAGUAAAAGGAUUUGUGAGUUUCAUUUUUGUCGUGCAGCUAGUGGACGAUGGAAACACAAACAACUUCAGGAAUAGUGUGCAAAAUAGAUAUGGUAAGACUAAGUAGCGUCGCAUCGCGAACUAUAUAUUACCAGCCGAAAAACCACUUGCGAUGCGUUGUUCACGCUGCACAGAAGGCCGGCGCGCUGUGAUGCGCAUGCGCGACUCGGCAUGAAGAUGAAGAUGACCUCAAUGCGCGUACUUUAUAUGCAGACCACGACCUAGAGGGCAUGUGAUUUUUUCCAGUGAAUAGGGUACCGGCGCCGAGUGCGCGCCCCUGAUCGCGCGCGGCGGGCCGGGCCAGCUGACCCGCGCCAGCGUGACCAGCAAGGGCGGAUACAGUAAGGCGCGGCGGACGCUAUCAAAUGCAAAAAUAUCUGGGUCUGGAAGAAUGCAAGGCUUGUCAUGCUUGUCUGGCAUGACCCAUGAUGCUUGAUGUAAUGCAUGACCCAGCAUCACAGAUUUUUGGAAGGCUUCCUGAUGCCAUUUCCGCAAGACAAAUGCCCUCCUCGCGUAGCACAAACGUGGCCCCUCUUGCUGGUCAUGCAAUACAGAUUUUUUUAGAGUCCAGAGUUAGCAUCACAAGUUCCAACUUUCCAGACCCAGACGCUUUUGCAUUUGAUAGACGCUGAGCCGCAACAUGUUCCCCCAGUACGUGGAGGACGAGACGGCGCUGUCGGACGACUUCGAGAAUAUCAAAGUGAAAAAAGCCCCCACCCCAUAUCGGAAACGGAAGAUGCGCGAAUUUGUGAUGCUGUAUUUUAGUACACAAGUCGACUUGUAUUGCUCGAAGGCCAAGAGACGAAGCUGCGGCCUAAACUGCAGGUAAUCUGUCAUGCUGUUUCCCACUUCCAGUUGCCUCCUGUCAUCCUGGAGCUGCAAGGCUUUUCCACCUUAGGCAGCACUACAGUCCGCAUCUUUUGCCUUCUACCAUCACAAAGCUGAUUUGUGGCCACAAAUCUGCAUCACAGAGUUUCGUUUUGAUAUGGGGAGGGGGAUUUUUCAUUCCGAUAGAGAAGCUGCUGCGGACACUGGGGCUGCGCUUCUUCAACGUCACUCGGCAGCUCACCAAGUACCCCGUGCACACGCCCGGACAGGAACCCAUCAACUGGCUCUACUACAAGGCGGGCUACGAGUACCGCCCGCACUGCGACGGCAACUGCGGCCUGCCGAAGCUGGAGAAGGGCAUGCGGGUCUGCACCACGCUGUUGUACUGCAACGAGCCGGAGCGCGGGGGCGCCACCGUGUUCCCAAAAGACCGAAUCAAGUACACCCCAAAAGAGGGCAGCCUCCUCCUGUUCACCUACAAUCCGGACCCCGCGUCCCUCUCCUUCCACAGUGCCUGUCCGGUGUUAAAGGGUUUCAAGACCACGGCGACGCAGUGGUACCGCCUUGGGGUGUACCAACUGCAAAAAUGUCUGGGUCUGGAAGAUUGCCAGGUUUGUCAUGCAUAUUUUACAUGCCCCACGAUGCCUGUAGUGCAUGGCUUAGCAUCACGGAUUUUUGGAAGGCUUCCUGAUCCUGAUGCCUAUUGCGCAUGACAAAUGCCGUUUCCGCGUAGCACAAUCGGGGCUCCUGCUCUUGCUGGUCAUGCUAUGCAGAUUUUUUUAGAGUAGAAAAACAGCAUGACAAGUUUGGAUCCUUCCAGACCCAGACAUAUUUGCAUUUGAUAGGGCGUCCGCAAAAGACGACUGGAACAACUACCUCAAGCGGCAAUGA